AGAAUUUAGUUUUUGGCGGUCCUUCAUGUUGGAAAGAAUAUAAUUUUACGAAAGUGCGUGCGGCGUUUGUUUAUUCGUUGUCGUUCGUUCGUACCACAAUUUUGAUUUUGAGAUUCGUAAGAAAAGAAAUAAUUUAAAUUUUUUCGGAUUAAUUUUGAUUGAUAGUUUGUUGAAUUUGAUUUGCGUUUUAUUAUAACUCAAAAUGUUAACAACACCAAAAAAGAAACUCGCUGCAGUUGCAAAUUCAAAUUUGAAACGCAACCCCAAGGAUACGGAAACAACGGUGGCGUCAUUAGAUAGUUCAAAGGAUAGUGCUAAACGUGAUUCGAUGAGAGUGUUUGAAAAUGGCACCCUUGAGGGUGCAGUCCAAAGUGCUACCCCCUUAGGGGCAGCACGUCAAAGUGCGACAUCCUUGACGCGUCCAUUGUCAUGCGUAUCAGUGGUUAUUUCAAAUAAUGAUGACGACACCAAAUGUGAUAAUUCGGUUGAAGAAGUAGUUGAAGAAGAAGAAGACGAAGUAGUGUUGAAUGAAAGCACAGCUCUUCUCGACGAAGAGACUGUGAAUAACGAUUCCGUCCUCAAUUACUCCGGGAGUGAUAGUAAUAUCCUAGAAAGUAGCAUUUACAGUGAAGUGCAGCUGCCUGCAGCCCCACAAUCACAACAAGCCGCCAUCGAUGUCCUCAAUACCAGUACUUGCUCGAGAGAAUCUCGCCAGAGCAAGAAAUCACGCCGAAGGUCGAAAAAAUGCAAUUCCCUGCGAACGGCUGAAGCCUUUGCUAAUGCAUUCCCACCGCAAUACACAGCAAUCUUCAUUGACCCGAGUGCCAAUCAUCCAGGAACACUCCACCUUUCUAGCAGUCCAAUUGAACAAAUUGCUGCUGCGGCAGCGGCUAGCCCGUUUGUCGAUAGACAACAUCAUCAAAUGAUGUCGGCAGUUCCUGUAAGCGGUCACAGAUCAACACCCGAGGCAAGUCCUGUGCAACGAGGAUGCUUUAGAAAAUGGUUUUCCAGGCCAUCUCUGCCAUUUGUAAUUGGAAUUCUAGCACUGGGCGGUGUGGCGUGUACUCUGGGCGGAAUUGUUUUGGGCUCUACUGGACUAAUCGAACAUUCAACACAAUAUUUAAGUGCGGCUCUGCUCAUGAUUGGAAUCGGAGUGUCUCUAUUGGUGAUAUCGGGUGCAAUCUGGAGACUGAGCAUACCCGACGAGGCCGAUGAAUGUCCCUGCUUCAGGCACUUGGAAACAUGUCGCAAUUGCAACAGUCCCUAUUGCAAUAAUCGAAUUCUCCCCGGAGGUUACCAUAUGUAUCCAGAAUUCCAGCAUCGUCCUCCGCCACCAUCGUAUUUAACCAGUUUGAACGAGUGUGCCGUUGGAUUACUUUUCCACAGGGACAUGACCAAUACCCUGGCCCAACAUCCCCAGUUUCGAAUCAAUACACCUCCACCCCUAUACAGAUCGACAAACUCGUUAAGUGUCUUUGUCCCAGUCAAUAGUCAAAUGGCAACAGCUACAGCAACGAAUGGUAUUUCCCAGUCGUCGACCACAGAGAAUACUAUGGCUCCUUCUGCCCAUCUGUUCGAAGGCCCGGUGCCAAAGGAGAUGACAUACUUAGAAUUGGACUGAACCUAAUGAACUUCCAUUGUGUUCAAGGAGAGAGAAGCUUUCAAUUGACUCACUACAUUAUAGCUACAUAAUAAUAAUAACUAUCUAUAAUUAGAGUAUUGUUUGUUAAGGUGCAUGACUGAUAUUCAAAAAUUGUACGGAUAUUAUACAGAUUUAUAUAUAUUUUGAUAUUUAUGUGGAAAAAGAAUUAGAAAAAAUAUUUUUAUAUAUUGUCUAAGCUUUAAAAAAUAUCGAUUUUAGAUUUAAGGGGAAGAAUAGUGAGGGUUUUGUGUGGUCCUUGCUAGAUCAAGAAAUAUUGUAAAUAUCAACCAAACUGUAUUGUAAUUAUUUGUAUUAUUAAAAGUUAAGUUUUUUUUUAUAAAUUUGAUGUACAAAAAUAUUAUUUCCUAUGUACAUAAGUACCUAUUGAAUUUAACAAAUAUUUCCUCCUAUUAAUAUUAAUUAUUUACCAAACAUCUAUUGUACAAAAAAAAACUUUAACAAUUCUAUUUAAUGAAUGUGUUCAGGAAUUUUAAGAUAAGUAAAUAAAGUAACACCGUUAAAGUAAUAUAAUAAUUCUAA